AGAAAGGGAGAGGAAAUGAGAGAGGAAGGAGGGAGGACUGCUUUGUAGCUGCUAAGAUUGCAGACGGAAAUAGCACACAACCACCGUGAGCUGUGUGCGACUCAGGAACCGAGAGCCAACUACUCACUUUUAUUAAUCAGUUGCUCAGAAAGAAGGAAAUGACAUCUGGCCCCGUCUUCUUCUACAUCUUAAUUUUGAGUAAAUAUUGUGACAACAAUGGAUGGUCUUUGCAAUUUGACAAGUAUUUCACCAAUUACUACAGAAUGACCUCCCCAUAUCACUUUGAGACGCAAACAUCUGAAUGCUCUUUUCAUUUCUUUCUUUUCAUCACCCUCCUCUUCCUGGUCCCUCACUACCCCCAUUCCUUACAACUUCCUCCUUAUUCAGUGGUCGGUUCUGUGCCCAUGCAAUGUCUUUGCCGAGGUUUAGAGGUUGACUGUGAUGAGACCAAUUUACGAGCUGUUCCGUCAGUUUCUUCAAAUGUGACUGUAAUGUCACUUCAGUGGAACUUAAUAAGAAAGCUUCCUCCUGAUGGCUUCAAGAAGUACCAUAAUCUUCAGAAGCUGUGCCUACAAAACAAUAAGAUUAGAUCCGUACCCAUCUAUGCGUUCAGAGGACUCUACAGUCUUACUAAACUGUAUCUCAGUCAUAACAGAAUAACUUUCUUGAAGCCGGGUGUUUUUGAAGAUCUCCACAGACUAGAAUGGCUGAUAAUUGAAGAUAAUCACCUCAGUCGAAUUUCCCCACUAACAUUUUAUGGACUAAAUUCUCUUAUUCUCUUAGCAUUGAUGAAUAAUGUCCUCACCCAUUUACCAGAUAAACCUCUUUGCCAGCACAUGCCAAGACUGCAUUGGCUGGACUUUGAAGGCAACCAUAUCCAUAAUUUAAGAAAUUUGACUUUUGUUUCCUGCAGUAAUUUAACUGUUUUGGUAAUGAGGAAAAACAAAAUUAAUCACCUAAAUGAAAAUACUUUUGCACCUCUCCAGAAGCUAGAUGAAUUGGAUUUAGGAAGUAAUAAGAUUGAAAAUCUUCCACCGCAAGUAUUUAAGGAUCUGAAGGAGCUUGCACAAUUGAAUCUUUCUCAUAACCCAAUCCAGAAAAUUCAUGCAGAUCAAUUUGAUUAUCUUGUCAAACUCAAGUCUCUCCUAGAAGGAAUUGAAAUUUCAAAUAUCCAACAAAGGAUGUUUAGACCUCUAAUGAAUCUCUCUCACAUAUAUUUUAAGAAAUUCCAGUACUGUGGGUAUGCACCCCAUGUUCGCAGCUGUAAACCAAACACUGAUGGGAUAUCAUCUCUAGAAAACCUCUUGGCAAACAUUAUUCAGAGAGUGUUUGUCUGGGUUGUAUCUGCAGUUACAUGCUUUGGAAACAUCUUUGUCAUUUGUAUGAGACCUUAUAUCAGGUCUGAGAACAAGCUACAUGCCAUGUCAAUCAUUUCUCUCUGCUGUGCUGACUGCCUAAUGGGAAUAUAUCUGUUUCUGAUUGGAGCCUUUGAUCUAAAGUUUCGUGGAGAAUACAACAAGCAUGCGCAGCUGUGGAUGGAGAGUAUUCACUGUCAGCUUGUGGGAUCUUUGGCCAUUCUGUCCACUGAAGUAUCAGUGCUACUUCUAACAUUUCUGACACUGGAAAAAUAUAUCUGCAUUGUCUAUCCUUUUAGGUUUUUAAGACCUAGAAAAUGCAGAACAAUUACAGUUCUGAUUCUUAUUUGGAUUACUGGGUUUAUAGUGGCUCUCAUUCCAUUGACCAAUAAGGAAUUUUUCAAAAACUACUAUGGCACCAAUGGAGUGUGUUUCCCUCUUCAUUCAGAAGAUACCGGAAGUACUGGAGCCCAGAUUUAUUCAGUGACAAUUUUUCUUGGUGUUAACUUGGCGGCAUUUAUCAUCAUAGUUUUUUCCUAUGGAAGCAUGUUUUACAGCGUUCAUCAAAGUGCCAUAACAGCAACUGAAAUACGGAAUCAAGUUAAAAAAGAGAUGAUCCUUGCCAAACGGUUUUUCUUUAUUGUAUUUACUGAUGCAUUAUGCUGGAUACCCAUUUUUGUACUGAAAUUUCUUUCAUUGCUUCAGGUAGAAAUACCAGGUACCAUAACCUCUUGGGUAGUGAUCUUUAUUCUGCCUAUCAACAGUGCUUUGAACCCAAUUCUGUAUACUCUGACCACAAGACCAUUCAAAGAAAUGAUCCAUCAGUUUUGGUAUAACUACAGACAAAGAAGAUCUAUUGACAGCAAAGGAAGUCAGAAAACAUAUGCUCCGUCAUUCAUCUGGGUAGAAAUGUGGCCACUGCAAGAGAUACCAUCUGAGUUAAUAAAGCCAGCUCUUUUCACAGACCCCUGUGAAUUGUCACUAAUUUCUCAAUCAACUAGACUCAAUUCCUAUUCAUAA